AUGCACUCGCGUCGACCCGAGACCUUGAAGAUUGACAUCUCCAAGUACAGGGGAGUCGAAGAGAACUCCCUCUUGAGAUGGUUCGUCGAAUUGGAUGACGCCAUAAGAGCGCGUCGCAUCGACGAUGGGGAAUUGCAAGAUGCAUUUGCCCAAGUAAAUCUGGCAGGACGUGCCAAGACUAGGGCACUAGGGCUCAAGUUGCACGACCCAUAUGCGUUUGGGUCGUUGGAAGUCUUCAAGUCGCGGCUCAGACAAACGUUUGAACCGCCUGGAGUUGAGUUCAGAGCUCGAACCAAACUCUUGAAGCUCAAACAAGAUGAACACACGUUGGUUUCGGUGUUCAUGCAGGGUCUUGCGGAUGGUCCCGUCAAGACUCACCUGUUCCGACUUGAGCUGGAUUUACUAAAACAAGCCAUUUCCGUUGUAGAACAGGAAGACUUCAGUCUGAGACAGGCUCGAACCAGCUCGACAUCAUAUCGUACACCGAGACGAUAUGACAGCGGAGGUUCAGAGCCGAUGGAACUCUGUAAUGUAGAGAGCGAGAAGGCUCGCUCUACAGACUACAAGAAGUUGCAGAAAUGCAAUAGGUGUCAAAAGACAGGACAACACGCUUACGAGUGUAGUGCCCCUCGUCCAGUGUCUCGCGACAUUGGGCGUAAUGACCGUCCACCCAUGAAAAAUGGGCAGGAACGCGGGUCCGCAGUUGGUGCAAGGACGCAACGACGGGAUGGACCGUCAAAAAAACGGACAGGAUCAGUAGGUGCGGAGCACCCUCCUGGUCCAGCAACUUCAUGA